GUCUGACGUCGCUUACUUGCCGCAGCUGGUGUGCUCGGAGUCUCACUCGGCGGUCGUGAUCUCACGUGGCAUCCAGCAUGAAAUUCGUUCGCUCUAUUAUGAAGAACGCCGCGCUGGCGAGUCUUCCCAAACACAUCGAGCAUUUCUCCAAAUUCUCCCCUUCGCCGCUCUCCAUGAAGCAGUUUCUCGACUUCGGAUCCAUCAACGCCUGCGAGAAAACAUCCUUUGCAUUCUUGAGGCAGGAGCUGCCGGUCCGGCUGUCCAACAUCAUGAAGGAGAUCAACCUGCUGCCCGACAAGCUGCUCACCACGCCCUCCGUGCAAACAGUGCAAGGCUGGUACAUCCAAAGUUUGAUGGAGAUCCUCGACUUCCUCCACAAGAACCCGGACGACCACAAAGUCCUUGGAGAGUUUGUGGACGCCCUCGUGACCAUCCGUAACCGCCACAACGACGUGGUCCCCACCAUGGCUCAGGGCGUGAUGGAGUACAAGGACGCCUUCCCGCAGGACGCCGUCACCAACCAGAACAUCCAGUACUUCCUGGACCGCUUCUACAUGAGCCGCAUCUCCAUCCGCAUGCUCAUCAACCAGCACACACUCAUUUUUGACGGCGCCACCAACCCCGUGCACCCCAACACCAUCGGCAGCAUCGACCCACACUGUCAGGUGGGCGACGUGGUGCAGGACGCCUUCCACAGCGCCAAGAUGCUGUGCGAGCAGUAUUACCUGCGCUCGCCUCCGCUCCUUCUCGAAGAAAUCAACACCAAGAAAACGCGGCAGCCCAUCGGCAUCGUUUAUGUGCCGUCGCACUUGUAUCACAUGCUGUUCGAGCUCUUUAAGAACGCUAUGAGGGCGACCAUCGAGACCCACGGCGACGGAGAGCUGCCGGCCAUCCGCGUCCUGGUGUCUCUUGGGGGAGAGGACAUGUCCAUUAAGGUGAGCGACAAAGGCGGCGGCGUUCCCUUCCGGCGGAUCGACAACCUCUUCAGCUACAUGUACUCCACCGCCCCCGCGCCGCAGAUGGGCGAACACGCCCGACCGCCGCUGGCCGGCUUCGGCUACGGGCUUCCCAUCUCGCGUCUCUACGCCAAGUACUUCCAGGGCGACAUGCAGCUCUACUCCAUGGAAGGCCACGGAACCGACGCCGUCAUCUACCUGAAGGCGCUGUCCACGGACUCCAUCGAGAGGCUUCCGGUGUACAAUAAGACGGCGCUGAGGAACUACAAAGUGAGCCAGGAGGCGGACGACUGGUGCAUCCCCAGCAGAGAACCACUAGACCUGAGCAACUACAAGGUGGCCAAGUGAAGCCCAGCACCCC